AUGCCCGCCCGCACUCCGCCCACCCUCCGCCACCAGGUCUUCCGCUGUGUCUCGUCACUUCCGGUGGUACUCGUUGCGGCUAUGCUGGCCUGGGGUGGCCACACUGCGCUGUUUGUGGUCACGCCGUACCUCCUCGCCUCGCCGGCGGCGCAGACGUCGGCGCUGUUCGCAGGAGCAACGUACGCGGCAUCGGCGGCGUUUGCGGCCACGCUUGUGGCGGGAACGGUGGCAUACGGCCACACGGUGGCCUGCACCCGCGGCAAUGCUGUCCCGCUGGUCUUUGCCUCGGACUCGCCGGCACGGAUCCGGCGGGUGGAGAGGGCUCUGGCCGGUGGCGCCGCCCCGGGCGAGCUGGAGAGCCUUGCCGACCGCAAUCUGGCUGUGGUGGCGAUGACGGUCAAGGAGCGGACGGGCGGUGGGCGCAAGUUCCGCUAUUGUCGCCCGUGCGGCGCCUUUAAGCCUGAUCGCGCCCAUCACUGCUCCACAUGCGGCCGCUGUGUGCUGCGGAUGGACCACCACUGCCCUUGGGUGAACAACUGCGUCGGCGCCGGCAACCACAAAACCUUCUUCUUUUUCUCAUCUACAUCGCGCUGGCCUGCGUCCUCGCCGCGGGCCUAUGCGCCGUGGCUGUCUUUGGCGUUGCAACACGCGCUCCUCGCGCGCGCAGCCUCUGCUGCGCCCGGUGGCUUGCUCACCGAUGUCAAGACGCAGGCGGCGCGCGGCGCGGUGAGAAGGGCGCGGGUGCUGGGCGCCAACGUGUUUGAGCUUGGCGCGUCGGCGGUGGCCCUCCUGUUUGUGGCUGCUGUCUUUGGCCUUGCCCUCCUUGCCUUUGCCGGCAUGCAUCUCACGCUGCUCGUGCGCAACCAGACAACGCUCGAGUCAUUCGAGUCGUCGCGCUCGGGCUCGCGGUACCGGCUCGACUGGCGAAGCAACCUAGCAUCGGUGAUGGGCGCUGAUCCGUGGACCUGGCUUGUCCCGACGUACGCAAAAGGCAUCGACGGCGUCCGCCACCCGCGAGUCCACCGCAACGCCACCGGCGAGCGUGUUCGGGUUGGGCGGGUCCGCUCGCGACGGCGCGCAUUGCGCGGUGGCAAGCGCUCCGACUCGACACAAUCCGCGUACAACGACUCGUCGAUGUGGUCGGUGUAGAGUGGGACAGAGUGUGGCGCUUAUCGGUUGAGGCGCGGCGCUGAUCGGGUUACGCCCUUGAAGUUGGACAAGCUACCAAAGCGGGUGGCGGCGACGGCGUCGUACUCGUCGAGAUCGCACGAGUCAGAACCCGAUGAGAGCUGGACAACAGCGUAGCGGACAACGUUGCCGUCGUCGGCCGAGUACUCAGCCACGGUCUUUCCGGCCCUACUGGCCGUCGACUUUGAGUGUGAGCGCGAGCGCGUGCGCGAGCGCGAGCCGGCCACGCCGCUGGUG